AUGGCAACCAAAAAGAAAGUUAACUUGUGUAAGGGGGCCUGGAUAUCAGCUCGUUCAAGCAGUAAAAGAACCAAAUCCGGAUACCAAAAUAUGAAUUCCGUGGGGCAUAAGUUUGUAAGGUUUGAAGAUUGGCAUUUGGAUCGAUCUGUAAGCUCUGAGCACGAAGCUUCCACCGGUCAUGGACGGAAUCCAAGAAGAGCUAGACCAUCUGUGAAUGCAGUUUUUAGGGGUCUCCGGAGAGGAUUAGAGAGAGGUUCUGAUCGGAUUAGAAGCUUGAAAAAACCACUAAGUUCCACUUCUGUAGGUAACUGGUCAGCAAGGGAGUCAGGCUCUAGGAGGAAAAUUCUUGACCCUCAGGGGUCAUUUCUUCAGAACUGGAACAAGAUAUUUGUGAUCACUUGUGUUAUAGCUGUGUCCUUGGACCCGUUGUUUCUUUAUACUGCAGUGGUUGAUGGGGAACAAAUGGUCGUGGAUUGGGACCAAAGGUUGCAGAUCAUUACCUGUGUUCUUCGUUCCUUCACCGAUGUCUUUCACAUACUUCAUAUCAUCUUUCAGUUUCGCACUGGUUUUAUUGCCCCCUCUUCUCGAGUAUUCGGAAGGGGUGAGCUAAUUGACGAUCCUGUGGCCAUUGCAAAAAGAUACUUGUCCUCAUACUUCAUCAUUGACAUUCUAGCUAUUUUUCCUCUGCCACAGAUGGUUGUUUUUUUUAGAAUUCCAAUAUCACGUCCAGUUCCCCGUGUCACAAAGGACUUGUUGCUGAUUGUAAUUGUUGCCCAAUAUGGGCCAAGGCUUUGGCGGAUCUAUCCAUUAUACAAAGAAGUAACAAGAACUUCAGGCUUCCUGACUGAAACAGCAUGGGCUGGAGCUGCUUACAAUCUUUUGCUCUACAUGCUAGCCAGUCACGUAGUUGGGGCCUUUUGGUACUUGUUCUCCGUGGAACAAGAGUAUAGCUGCUGGCGUAAUCAGUUUCACGGGAAUGAUGUUUGUAAGAAAGUCCUGUACUGUGAUCCUAAGUAUAAAGCUGACUCUAGCUUGAUUGAGAAGUUAAAUGCUUCUUGCCCUUUUAUUGGCCCUGAUCAAAUAAAAAAUUCAACGGUGUUCAACUUUGGAAUAUUUACUGAUGCUCUGCAGUCUGGUGUGCUAGAGACCAAAGAUUUUCCAAAGAAAUUUUUAUACUGCUUCUGGUGGGGUCUGCGCAACCUUAGUUCUUUUGGUCAAAACCUUAAAACAAGCACUUUUGUUUGGGAGAUAGUCUUUGCCGUGUUCAUAUCUAUCUUUGGAUUGGUGCUAUUUUCAUUGCUCAUUGGCAAUAUGCAGAAAUUUCUGCAGUCCACAACUGUGAGAGUUGAAGAAAUGAGAGUGAAAAGGCGAGAUGCAGAACAGUGGAUGUCACACCGAAUGCUCCCCGAGAACUUGAGGGAAAGGAUUAGAUGCUAUGAUCAGUAUAAAUGGCAAGAAACAAGAGGUGUUGAGGAAGAAACUCUAGUUCGUAACCUUCCCAAAGACCUGCGGAAGGACAUAAAGCGCCAUCUUUGCUUGGCUCUUCUCAAGAGAGUGCCAAUAUUUGAGAAAAUGGAUGAACAACUGAUGGACGCCAUGUGUGAUCGUCUCAAGCCAGUUCUUUACACAGACAAGAGUGUUAUCACUCGAGAAGGCGAUCCAGUUGAUGAGAUGCUAUUUAUCAUGCGUGGAUAUUUAGCAACUAUGACUACCAAUGGUGGAAGAACUGGCUUCUUCAACACUGCUGAUCUUAAGGCUGGUGACUUUUGUGGAGAAGAGCUUCUUACAUGGGCCUUGGAUCCAAACUCCUCCACCAAUCUUCCCAUCUCAACUAGGACAGUGGAAGCUAAAACAGAAGUUGAAGCCUUUGCUCUCAUGGCUUAUGAUUUGAAGUUUGUUGCCUCCCAGUUUUACUCCCUGCAGUGGAGGACAUGGUCAGCCUGUUUCAUACAAGCAGCUUGGCGCAGGCACUGCAAGAGAAAGCUUGAGAAGUCUUUACGUGAAGCAGAAGACAGGCUGCAAGAUGCUUUGACAAGAGAAGCUGGAAGCUCACCAAGCCUACUUGCCACUGUAUAUGCAUCAAAGUUUGCAGCCAAUGCACUACGAAACUUGCGACAAAAUGGUAAGUGCGACACUAGACCUUCACCGACAUUGCUGCCACUGCUGCCUCAGAAGCCCGAUGAGCCUGAUUUUACCGCAGAUCAUCAUGACUAG